AUGGCCGGGCCGACAACGUCCCAGGAUCCGCUGACAUCUUUGCUGGCCACUGAUCCGGAUUUGGGUCGGCAGCUGGAAAGCCGAGUGCUGCGGUUCUCAGCCAGUCACAAACUUCAACACACCCAGGUCGACCGAAUCCCACAGGCCAGCUCACCCGUGGCCUCCAAGUCUCCAGAAGUUGCCUGGAGCGAGGAGGAGACGACCGUUUACGUGGGAAAGCUACUGCGGAUGCAGCACCCGGGACAUCCUGGUGCGGAAAAGGCGGUGGCACAAUUCCUCAAGGACUUGCUCGGCGAGGUCUCCCUUCCCGAGCCUUGGGUGAUGCUGCGCAGCUCUCGCGGCCGGGUGUUCUUUUGUAACAUGGCCACGAGGCAAACCACCUGGGACCAUCCACUUGAAGGUUCCCUGCUAGAGGCGGCUACGAUCUGCAAACAAGUUCUGCAGCUUGAUGAACCCUGGCGGGCGAACCUCACGGCACAUCUCCUGGAAGUGGUAGCAGAGGACGAGGAAGACUUCCUUGGAAAAUGGGAUUCAGUUCCUGCUGGUGACGGUCUCGAGCAAUUCAGACACACUGAAACUGGCUUGUUUUCCUGGACGCCUCCGCGGGAGAUAGCUGCAGGGCUGUUCCAAUGCAAGCGAGCAGCACUUGCGAAACUUUGCGACGACAGGUACGUCAGGCAACUGCAGCUCCAGGACCCCGCACCCGCCGUGCAGCUGGAAGCUCGAAAGAAGAAUAUUUCUGCAGCUAUCCGGAUGCUCAUGGAGGCAGUCGAUGACACGUCGCAGGGGAGUCGCACACCCUCCCGACCUGCCUCGGAGAUUUUGCCGCGCCAUGUGCUGUCGGGCACCACCAAUGCUCUUCUUGCCCAGUCGGACAAGGCUGGCAGAGCACUCUCGGCAACCAGCGGCGAGACUCCUUUGGAUUCCAGGGCAGACACGCCGUCGGCUCACAGCCGAACUUGGGAAGCCCCGUUGCCAGAAGACGGCAACCACGGCAACCUGGAGGCUGGAGAGCCAAACGAUGCAGGUUCCGAAGCUCGCAAGCCGACAGAGGAACUGCAGCAACAGCGGCAAGACCAUCAGGAGGCAGCACAAGUGUCACAAGAGGACCUUCGUGAUGAUCAAUCUGCGAAGUUUGUGAUUCAUGAGGACGACACUUGCGAGGCGCCCGCUAGGGGCAUCCUUGAAGCUGAAGCAGCGGAGGCCUUGGCACAACCCCCGACCAAGACCGAGGAGGCAAAGCUACAGGAGGCCACCCCCCAAGCCACGCCUAGGGAGCUGCAGGAGUUCCAGACUGCGGUCCUCGCAAUGGCACAGGCCCUCGAUGAGGACAUGCGCGUGGCGAACCAAACGCACUGCCGGCAAGCCGACGACGGCGAGCAGGAUUGGUCUGCGCCUUCGCGACCUGCGCCACCCACGACGACCAAGGAGAACCUGGGCAUGGACUUGCCGGACGAUCAUGAGCAGCAGCGCACCUCCAGUGUGGCUCAGAGCGAUGCUGCGCUGCUGCCUGGCAGAGGCGCUGGCACCGAAGAGGGCUUCGUAGCAAGGGCAGAGCCCAGCUGCCCUCCGUCCCCUGAGCCACGAAAAGGGGAGGAAGAGCUGGCCCUGGCGGCAAUGGCACUUCUGCAACUCAUGACCCCUCGGGUUGAGGAGACCCUCAGUCAAGGAAGGCUUUGUGAAGCAGCCGCCUCCGGCGCAGCGACAGCGCCUGCUCAGGACCAGGCCAGCUUGGAGCUCGAGGCAGAGACCCCGGAGGCUGUCUUCAGUCGCCAGGACGAGGCGAUUGAAUUCAUCGCCUCGCAUCUAUCCCGGCUGGAAUCCAAGCCGGGUAUGCUGGCGAAGGAGAAGCUGUCGAAGUUUCUACAGCUGCUGGGCAUGAAUGCUGCUGACAUCGACGAGGCAACCAGGGCACUUCUUGCCACGGCUGUCGGCGGAUGUGAGACGGGGGCUGGGAACCAACUUCCAAGCAGCUGA